AUGUCGGUUGAGUUUGGUUUCGUGAAGAGUAACCGUGGUGUGGCGUGUUUGGUAGUAGGCAGCUACAGGUUUGUCAAACAGGCGGAAUGUAAGUUCGGUAGAACAAAGUGGUUUUGCGAGCGAAGAAGACGAGGGAGAUGCCAGGCCAAAGUGUUUACUGAUGGCGGGACGAUUGAGAUUGCAACCAGUGACUUUACGCACAACCACGAGGCGGACGAAGAUAAAUACAUAAGGCAGGCAGUGUCGAACAGUUGCAAAAGAAAGGCACUGGACGAUAUGCAUUGCAAACCUGAGAAAAUAUUGAAAUCAGAGGUGGAAAACCCCAAAGAAGCCCUUAGUGAAAAGGCUUUCCGGUGUGUCAGGCGUAACCUGUACAAUGCAAGAAGGUGGUCGAGAUAUAUGGAAGAUGCGGAGUCCCAGUCCAUGUCGAACAACUCGUCCGACGGUGAACUGUCUUUACCGUAUUUGAACCCUACCAACCUCACGGAACACAGCCACCCUCCUAACAAGGUAGCCAAGGAAGUUGCCAAGAUGCGUUUACAACUACGAGAAGUGUCGAUGAGUUCGAGUGAUGGACCUCUGCUAGUUCUGGCCAGCACUCUGCACGGGACACCUGAUGAGGUCAAAGGUCAACUGGGCAGUGUGGACACCAUCAAGAGGGAUCUUCGCAUACAUCGUCAGCGCGCGAACUCUCGCCAACCGGUUAGUCGAAGUUAUCGUGUAGUAGAGAGGAAAAAUAUUAUCACUAGGGUAUACACUGUGGACAAUGGUGACACUCUUUCAAGGGAGGCCGGUGCGCACCAGCAUGAACCGGUGGACAAAAGUGUGUUAAUGCGUGAUAAAAUUCGUAACAUUGUGAAAAGGAAAGCUUUGGAGAACUUGGAGGAGCGACCGGGACAACUAAUAAAUAAGGAGAUCAAGAGCAACGAAGAAGCAUUGAACACUUUGACGAAGACAGAUAUUUCCUACAUAAAGAACUCUAUGAGGAAAGCACGGUGCAAGUCAAGAUUGAUGGGAGCGGUAGUGUACUCAAAAGUUGUCACUGCUCCAAAAUCUGACAAAAUUGUGCACAUGAAAUUUCUGGUGAUCGUGUUCGCCCGUAAACGCUACAAAAUGAGUGCUAAACGGAAAAGAGUCGUCGUCACCGUACAACACAAAUUGGAAGCGUUGGAACGACUUGCCAAAGGAGAAUCUGCCAGGAAAGUCAGCGAGGAGUUGGGUGUCGGAUUGAGCACUGUGAAAGACUGGAAACGCAACAAACAGUCGAUAGUGGACUUCUACAACCAGGUUACAUCCCGGCGAGUGUUAUCUACGAUAAGGUACACCUGCAGGAAACCUACACACGAGCUGGUGGACGAGGCUUUGUGGCAAUGGUUCGUCAAAGAAGGGCGGAGAGGUACGCCGAUCAACGGUCCGAUGCUGAAGGAAAAGGCGAGUGAGUUACAUUUGGAGCUGGAAGGAGGAAAGUUUGUUGCGAGUGACGGAUGGUUGGCACGCUGGAAGAAACGUCAUGGUGUCAACCACGAGAUAAUGAGUGGCAAAAAAUUAUCAGCUGAUUUGGAAGAAAAUGUCAACAAUGAGAGUGAAGUACAAUCAGCUGAUUUAGACGAAAAUGUUAACAAUGAGAGUGGAGUACAAUCAGCUGAUUUAGUCGAAAAUGUCAACAAUGAGAGUGGAGUACAAUCAGCUGAUAAAGACGAACCUAGUGUUAAAAUCGAAUGCGGCGAACUAGAAUCAGAUGAAGACGAAGAUGGUGUCGAAAACUACAGCGUUGAUGAAAUUCAAUCACCAGAGUGGGGUGUUCCCAAGAUAGUGAAGCUACACCCAGAACACAACCAUCCGCCCAACGCUGUGGAGCGAGAAGCUACACUGUUGCGUUGCCAGAUGAGAGACGAAUGUUUGAAAGAACCGACGAAGAGACCCGUGGACAUUCUCAAGGAGACCAUUGCUUCGAGUACAGGCGAGGUGCGAGAGUAUCUAGAGAAAAACCAGGAAAGCAUCCGAAGAGACAUGCGCAGAGUGAGGACAACACAGAUGAGGGAAGAUCAAGGAGAGUUACCAGCGCCUAAGAGGCAAAAACCUAAAGGGAGGCCAAAAAAAACAACGACGAGUACAGUGGAUGAUGAUCUUCACAGUGCCAACCCCAAUUCUGAACCGUCUAGCAGCAUUGAAGGCACCAGCCAUCACUCGGUGACUGAAAUCAAAGAUGAACUUAUCAUUGAAGAUGUGGAGACGUCUGAAGAUACAUACUACGAGUCUGAAGAUGCUGAAUCUGCCGCAGAAGAAAAAUAUGAUGCAACUAAUGCAACAGCUGAUACAAGUGAUAAGGCGUUACCUUCAGCAUCCACUGAUUUUUCAUCUCCUUUUGAAACAAUCAUCUGUGAACAGCAGGUAAAACAAGAAUUGAUGGAGGAUGAGACCGAUGGAUUGGCAACCCUAGAAGAUUUCACUCCAGAGUCCACGGAAAGUUGUGCUUCUGUUCCCAACAUACCUCAACAUCCACAGAGUGAAUAUUCACAAAGUACGAUGAAGUCUCUAAACGCUCUUACGAGAUUGACUAACACGUUCGGCCCUCCAGCAAACCCACAUCCAGCCAAUGAAGAUAUUAACGCCAUGAAGUACCCUCUACAACCCCUGAACUACUUUGGUCCCAAUAUGGCGCAUGGUUACCCGACAAAUAACUACAACGCAUUUCCACCACCUUUCAGUGAUAGAAGCGUACAUGUCAACAAUGCUCCAAACCUACCAUAUGUCAGGGCUGCGAACCAACCUUCAGUUAGUGCCACAAACCUACCGUACGUCAGGGCUGCGAACCAUCCUCCAGUUAGUGCUACAAACCUACCAUAUGUCAGGGCUACGAACCAACCUCCAGUUAGUGCCACAAACCUACCAUAUGUCAGGGCUACGAACCAACCUUCAGUUAGUGCUAUAAACUUACCGUAUGUCAUGGCUACGAACCAACCUUCAGUUAGUGCUACAAACCUACCGUACGUCAGGGGUGCGAACCAAUCUUCAGUUAGUGCUACAAACUUACCUUUCAACAACACAAACCAACCUUCUGCUAGUCCUAUAAACAUACCAGUUUUUAAUGCUAGACAAAAUUAUAGCAGUGAACAAAGAAGUUCUACUGUCCCUGCUCCACUCCCACCUAUGUUGAACAGUACCAACACAUCCGUCGACAUUGCUGCCAACCUGCCUAUCACCAGUGCUACAAACAUACCUUUUGUCAGUGCUGCGCAUCAAUCUUCUGUCAGUGCUAUUAACAGUUCUAUUAACAGUAUCAUUGACAGUGCUGCAAAUCCACCUGUAACAAAUCACAGUGCUACAAACCUGCCUGACAGUGUUACAAACCUAACUUCUGUCAGUAAUUCAAGUGCAUCAAUCAACAGUGGUGCAAACCUUUCUAUUGUCAGUGUUACCAGCAUCAGCGAAGAACCUAAAAGCCAGUCCACCAGCACUGUUGCCAGUGGUACCAACCCGCCUUCUGAUCCUCCUGAAGAUGGUUCUUCCACCUCCUGUCCGUCUGACUUUGAACAUUUGGAGGGAAUCUUUAUUUCUCUAAAAACUAUUCCGAAAGAGAGAAGAAAGAAAACCAAAGACAAACUUUUGAGGUUAGUUAAGUUAAUAACAGAUCUGAAUUUGGACCCAGAUGAUGUGAGUUUUGCUCUCACAACAAAGUAAAUUGAUAAUAUUUGUUUUGUUUAUAAUUUUUGUCCAGUUCUGAUUAUUCAUUACAAUCUGAAGCCAAUAGGUUAGAUUCAAAUCUACAUUUCUUUUAAAUCAUAAUAUUAUAGGCUAUUUUCUCUCUC